GUGAGGAAGAGGCAGGGGAACAGUGAGACAGGACAAAGCUCCCACCUUCCCUGCAGCCUCCCCUGGCCUUGGGCAGCUCCCUGUGAGCAGAUGUGCAGCAGGUGCCCGAGGUGCUGACGUGACACCCUCCACUGGUUGCCAUGACCAUGGGGGAACUGCAGAGUAAAAUCAGCUUCCACACCACCAAAUACAGGGCCGACGGCUCCGUGGGACAGACGGGACCCACUGGCGCCUCCCGGCAGCACAGCCCCGCUCACAGCGAUGCUGUCACCUCAGUGGCUGCCCUCAAACCAGACCUGUGUGUGUCAGGAGGAAGGGAUAAGAGUGUGGCUGUGUCCAGCUGGAGGUCCGGGGCUGCCCUGCGCCGCUUCACCGGCCACGAGCGUGAGGUCACCAAGGUCACCUCAGCCCUUGACUCCAGCAGAGUCUUCAGCGCAUCCCGGGACAAGACAGUGAUGAUGUGGGAGCUUCACGGGACUUCGGGGCCAAGCCAGCACUUCCCAGGACAUGACCUGGUUGUUACUGGACUGGCUGUGAGCCCAGAUGCCUCCCAGCUGUGCACGGGCUCCCGGGACAACACCGUGUGCAAGUGGGACACAGAGACCGGAGAGUGUCUGGGCAGAGCUGCAAUCUCCAGGAACCUGGUCACACACCUGUGCUGGGUUCCUGGGGAGCCUUAUGUUGUCCAGACCUCAGAGGAUAAAACCACCAGGGUGUGGGACAGCCGGGAGCUGCAGGUGGCCCACACGUUCCCAGCCAAGCAGCACAUCCAGACGUGCUGUGACGUGAGCCAGGACGGGCGGUACUGCCUCAGCAGCAGCAGCGGCUCUGCCGGCCACGGUGCCGAGGCCACCCUCUGGGACCUGAGGCAGACCAGGGGCCGAGUGUGUGAGUACAAAGGGCACUUUCAGACCACCACCUCCUGUGUCUUCCUGCCCUGGGGCCCCACACUCGCCCCCAGCAUUGCCACAUCCUCCAGCGACAGCACAGUGAAGGUCUGGGACCAAGGCACUGCAGCCUGCCUGGCCACGCUGUGCCUCGAGGGCUCGGGCCCGCUGGCCUCGCUGGCCGCCUGCGACAGCUCCACCCUGCUCUGUGCCAGCUCCAACUCCGGCAUCCACGUGCUCCGUGUGAGGGGCGGAGCAGAACUGUCCCUGGAGGAGGUGGCAGCAUUCUGAGCACCGGAACACCCUGUCAGACACUGUCCCUGGAGGAGGUGGCAGUGUUCUGAGCACUGGAACCCCCUGUCAGACGCUGUUCCUGGAGGAGGUGGCAGCUGGCAGCGUUCUGAGCACUGGACAC